AACAUGUCCACUCCAUCUGUCCAAACUUUUGGUAAAAAGAAGACUGCCACUGCCGUUGCCCACGUCAAGGCCGGUAAAGGUUUAAUUAAAGUUAACGGUUCUCCAAUCACCUUGGUUGAACCAGAAAUUUUACGUUUCAAAGUUUACGAACCAUUAACUUUAGUUGGUUUAGAUAAAUUCCAAAACAUUGACAUUAGAGUUAAAGUUACCGGUGGUGGUCACGUUUCCCAAGUUUACGCCAUUAGACAAGCCAUCGCUAAAGGUUUAAUUGCUUACCACCAAAAAUUCGUUGACGAAGCUUCUAAAAACGAAUUAAAGAAAGUUUUUGCUGCUUACGACAAGACCUUAUUAGUUGCUGAUUCAAGAAGAAUGGAACCAAAGAAAUUCGGUGGUCGUGGUGCCAGAGCCAGAUUCCAAAAAUCUUACCGUUAAGAAAGUUAUUUUUCUUUUCAUUUCAAU